AUGGCCACUGGACGUAUUGGAAGAAUCGAUGUGUUCGAUCCGGCGAUCGAAACAUGGACAGCGUACGAGAAAAGGCUGGAUAAUUUCUUCACAGCAAACACAGUGGACGACAACAAAAAAGUUCCCGCGCUACUGAGCCUCGUGGGCCCCAAAACAUACGCAUUGUUAAGAGACUUAACAGCAUCCGAAUUACCUAAGGCCAGGACAUACAAGCAACUUACGAAAGCGCUGAAGGAACAUUAUUCUCCAAGACCGUUGGUUAUAGUAGAAAGAUUUAGAUUUCACAAGCGAGACCAGCAGGAGGGGGAGAGCGUUCGUGAGUACAUUGCAGCUCUACGUAAACUUAGUGAGUUUUGUGAAUUUAAAGACGUCCUUAAUGACACAUUACGGGACAGAUUUGAAACACCUUUCCACUACGCCCGGUGUCCACAAGCUAAAGAUGAUAUUGAACAAGAACUUAAAACACUUGAUACUGAAGAAAGCUUUCUUCAGUCACAUACUCUCGAAAUUUUAGAAGGAAAUGUGGAAGUCACUCCUUAUAUAGGACAAGGGGAUAAACUUUACCCAGGUCAUUUAAUAAAUGACUCGGAAACAAAGGCAAAAAGUGAUACCGCAUCUAGCAAUAGCGAAGAUGCGAAUUCCAACAUACAAUACGGAACACUAGGGGCUUUCCUGGAAGAAAUAACUAGCAAAGGUCUAUAUGGUAUAACAUGUCGUCACGUUAUUCCACAUGAAAACGAAAAAGUGUUCAUGGAAAUACAAAAAAAUGAUCUACCAUCAGAAGUUGGUCAAUCUGUAUACACCUCUGAGAAUGAAUGGGAGGACUUUGCUGUGUUUGAAGUGAAGGAUUUCCUGAUAGAUCAAUGCAUUAAAACUUUCCAUAACGACGAUGACGAAGAAUGUAAUGUUGAAGUUCAUCAGGGAAAUGACUUAGAUAAUUGGAUUGUUCAUAAGAAAGGAGCAAGGACAGGAUGGACUACAGGACGUAUUCUGAGUCGAGAGUGCUAUUCCAGUUUAAUUCCUGUUAAACAUGGGGUGUUCCUUGUCGGUGGUUUUGAUGAAGAUUACUUUGCACGCACUGGAGACAGUGGCUCUGUUGUGUUCAUGCGGAAGUCAAGUCAGUCAACCGUGUCAGUGCUCGGUAUGGUCUUCGGUGGAAUGGAAAAUAUUUAUAACGACCAUCAGCCAGAGAUAGAGAAAUCUACAAUGUGUUUUCUUUUAAAUCAUGCUUUGAGUAACUUGUCCGUUCAAAAUGGCUUAGAAUUACAAUUUGUACCCCGUAAACAAAGUUCAAGCGAUUCCGACUAAUUUGUAAAUUUGAUUAUAAAUAUCUUUUGUUUUUUUAUAACCAUAAC